AUGGGGUCGCGGAAGGGGCCCCGCAGCUGGGCGGCCAGGGCCGGGUCGGGGGGCGACGGAGAGGAUGAGGGGCCGGUGUGGACUCCUAGCCCAGCCAGCCGAAGCUACCUGCUCAGCGUGCGGCCCGAGACCAGCUUACCGAGCAGCCGGCUGCCGCCCCCCGGCUCUGGAAGGAGCACCUUCUGCUCCAUCAUCGCUCAGCUCACAGAGGAGACCCAGCCGAUAUUUGAGACCACGCUCAAGUCCCGGGCUGUGUCUGAGGACAGCGACGUCAAGUUCACCUGCGUUGUUACAGGGUACCCGGAGCCAGAGGUGACCUGGUACAAGGAUGACAAGGAGCUGGACCGGUACUGCGGCCUGCCGAAGUACCAGAUCACCCACCAGGGCAACCGCCAUAGCCUGCAGCUCUACAGGUGUCAAGAAGAAGACGCCGCCAUCUACCAGGCCUCUGCCCGCAACAUCAAGGGCAUCGUGUCCUGCUCGGGGGUGCUGGAGGUGGGGACCAUGACCGAGUACAAGAUCCACCAGCGCUGGUUUGCCAAGCUGAAGACGAAGGCCACGGCCAAGUUACGCGAGCUGGAGCAGGGCUGGACGCAGGGCCGGGAGGCCGUGGGCGAGGCCGACUCGCUGCGCAAGCUGAGUCCUGACCGCCUGCAGCGCAAGCGGCGGCUGAGCGGGGCGGCGGCGCCAGGGCCCCCCGGCCCCAGGGAGCCCGAUGCAGGACCCCCCGCGGCCCGGCAGGAGGGAGAGACAGAGCCUGGCCAGCUUCCAGGACUGGGCCUGGUCAACAGCUUUGCCUCCGGAGGGGUGACCACCAACGGGGAGGCCACCCCUGAGAAUGGGGAGGCUGCGGACGGGGGCCUAUUGACGUACCUCUGUGAGACCAUGGAGCGGGGUCCUCAGGGAGCCCCCCAGAAGGAGUCCGGGGCCAAGAAGAAAAAGAAGGUUGAGCAGCCUGAGCGAGGUCUGCGGAAGGCAGAGGCGGAGCAGACAGCGCGAAGCCGCCCUUCUGAAAACUGUGUCCCUGGUUCAGACAAGCCUGACUCCGCCGGGCCUCAGGGGCCCCGGGACAUGGGGCAACUUCAGACGCAGCCCAGAGGCAGGGCCGCACAGGUUCCCGGGGCCGCUGAAGCAGAGAGGGCCAGGAAGCCAGGCCCUGCUGUGGGCGCUCAAGACCAGGCCCAGAAUGGCCCUGUCCCUGCUCGGGCCCCCGCCCCUGCCCACCUCCCUGCUCCUGCCCCUGCCCCAGGGCCUGCCCCUGCCCAGGCCCUUGCCCUAGCCCCUACCCCUGCCGUAGCCCCAGCCCCUGUCCCUGCCCGAGUCCCUGCCCCUGUCCCUACUUCCCGAGUCCCUGCCCCAGUCUCUGCCCCCACCCCUGUCCCUGCCCGAGUCCCUGCUCCUGCCCCUGCCCCUGUCCCUGCCCCUACCCAAGUCCCUGCCCCAGCCCCAGUCCCAGCUCCAGUCCCAGCCCCUGGCCCUACUCAAGCCCCUGCUCUAGCCCCUGGCCCUGGCCAGGACAUGUAUUUCUCCCUGAAGGACUUGUAUGUGGAAAGCACCCGAGGAGCCAGGCCUCAGGAUCAGGAGGGGCCCUCGGGGAAGGUACCCAGUGAGGCCGGACAUGGCGGGGGGCCUGCUGCCCCUGGACAGCCCACACCUGCCGCACCCCCCCCACCGAUUCGGCCUUUCAACAGGAAGAGAUUUGCUCCCCCCAAGCCCAAAGGGGAGCCGGGCACCACCAGCCAGCCCAGUGCGCCUCCAAGUCAUGCUCCAGAGCCUGGGGCCCAGAGCUUCGGGAGGGCCCCCCCUCAGGCCUCUGCCGUCGUGCCCACCGCCCCCACCCGACGGAGACACGGCCCUCCAGACAGCCCCCAGCAGGGGCCAGCAGGCCGCAGGACCCCAAGAGAGGUCCAGGAGUCCCAGGUGCCUGCGGCCUCUGCCUCACCUACCGGCAGCUGCGGCCCCGAUUCCAUGGAGACAGAGUCUGAGGUGGAUGGGCCAACACCUGACGACCAGGGGCCCAGAGGCCAGGGGACCACAGGGAUGGAUGGGAAGAAGCAGGCGGAUGGGAGGACACAGGGUGACAGAGCACGGACAGUCCAGAGGACCCCGGCAGACAGGAAGAAGCAAGUGGACAUUGUGACACGAGAGAAUGAGCAGCCAGAGCCGGACAGGAGGUCCCCGGAGGGUGCGCUGAUGUGGGAAAUGGCGGGGACACAGGCUGAGGAGAGGACGAGGGAGGACAGGAGGACACAGGCCGAGGACGGCAUACCCACAGCCGUAAACAGUCAGCUGGAGGAGGAGUCGGGGUGCAGACCCAGCCUGCAGCCCAGAGCCCCUGAGCUCCCACCUGCAGAGGACCCCAAGACCCCUUGGAUGGCUGACUGUCGUGAACGGACCCCAGAAGGGUCGUCUGACCCAGAAAAACCGGGAUUCACGCUCAGAUGUGCCGAGGUGGCUGUGGCUGCCUCCGGGAACCCUGAGGUUCCUGAGGGGACCCACGCGCUGGGUCCCCUGGCUGGGAGCCUCGUGCUCCCGGGGCAGCGGCCCCCCGAGGCGGGCGUGGAGCAGCCUGGUCGAGAGCCCGUGAGGCCAGCCCAGGCCAAGGACAGGCCAGAAGACGGCCUGUCGCAGCUGCCCCGGGAGGAGGCACAGCGGGCCGAGGCACUGUCUGAGGCCCGGGGCGGCUCUCCCCCAGCCGGUCUGCAGCCAGGGGUGCCCGCUCUGCCCCCUUUUCCUGGAGCUGGCCGGGCCAGUCGCUCCCAGGAGGGACUGUCCAGCACCCCGGCUUCUCUGCCCUCUGGGGACCAGGCCUUGCUGAGUUCUGCCCCCUCACUGCACCUGGGCCCGGGGGGCCCCCUUCAGAGUUGCCCCACAGAGACUGUGGUGGCCGGGAGCCAGGGGGCCCGGGCCCCGGGACCAGACGGCCGCCCCCCGCGCCCCCUGAGCUGCGACCCCGGCCUCAUAGAUUCCCUGAAGAACUACUUGCUCCUGCUGCUGAAGCUGUCCAGCACCGAGGCCGGCGGAGGGGGCCCAGACCCAGAGUGCCCGGCGGGAGCUGCGCCCGGGGCCCUGGCCCCUGCGAUGGAGGUGGCCGGGCUGAGUCCCCGCACCUCGAGGCGCAUCCUGGAGCGGGUGGAGAACAACCACUUGGUGCAGAGCGCGCAGACCCUGCUGCUCAGCCCCUGCACCUCCCGCCGCCUCACCGGCCUCCUGGACCAGGAGGUGCAGGCCGGCCGCCAGGCGCUGGGUGCUGCCCGCGGCCCCGGGCCCCGCACCCUCGCCGUCCCCGCCAUCGUGGUGGGGGAGGGGAGCCCCGGCCUGGCUGUGGAGGGGCCCGGUGGGGAGGGGGCCGUGGUCUUCUCCAAGGGGCCCGGGUCCCUGGGCACCUCCCCAGAGAGCAGCAGUGGGGGGCCGCCCGGGGUGGCGGGGGGGCCGGGACCCCUCCCAGCAGCCAGCGGAGCCCAAGAGCCCCCCCGUGAGGAGGCGCUGACUGGCCUCCCCGCAGCCACACCCCAGGAGCUAGCUCUGGGGGCCCGGAGGAAGAGAUUUCUCCCUCAGGUCAGAGCCACAGGAGAUGGGGAGACAGCCAAGCCUGAAGAAAGGGAGAGCCCCACCGUCUCCCCCCGGGGGUCCAGGAAGGGCCUGGCGCCUGGGUCCCCGGGGCCUCCGGGGCGGGAGAAGCGCUCCCCGACCCAAGGCCGGAAGGCGGACACGCUGCAGGUGCCGAGGGCCGAGGAGGAGCCAGCUGCAGACCCGGGCGCCAGCCCCCCAGCUGCAGACCCGGAUGCAGAGCUGGCCCCAGAGGAGACCAAGCCCAAGAAAGCCCAGGACCUGCUGAAAGCCCCGCAGGUGAUCCGGAAGAUCCGGGUGGAGCAGUUUCCUGAUGCCUCUGGCAGCCUGAAGCUCUGGUGCCAGUUUUUCAACAUCCUCAGUGACUCUGUCCUGACCUGGGCCAAAGACCAACACCCAGUGGGCGAGGUGGGCAGGAGUGCAGGGGACGAGGGGCCGGCCGCCCUGGCCAUCGUGCAGGCGUCCGAGGUGGACUGUGGCCUGUACCGCUGCACCAUCCGCAACCAGCACGGCGAGGCCUCCACGGACUUCCACCUCGGCCCUGAGGUGCUGUCCAGGUUCGUUUCCAGAGAAGAAGGCGAAGUUGGAGAAGAGAUCGAGAUGACCCCCAUGGUGUUUGCUAAGGGCCUGGCUGACUCCGGCUGCUGGGGGGACAAGCUCUUCGGGCGCCUGGUGACCGAGGAGCUUCGCGGGUGCGAGCGCGGGGCCGGCCUGCAGAAGGCCUCCCGGGCCCAGAUCAUCUACGGGCUGGAACCCAUCUUCGCGUCGGGCCGCACGUGCGUCAUCAAGGUGUCCAGCCUGCUGGUGUUCGGGCCCAGCAGCGAGACCUCGCUCGUGGGCAGAAACUAUGACGUCACCAUCCAGAGCUGCAAGACACAGAACAUGAGUCGGGAGUACUGCAAGAUCUUCGCGGCGGAAGCCCACGCUGUGCCCGGCUUCGGGGAGGUGCCCGAGAUCAUCCCCCUGUACCUGAUCUACCGGCCCGCCAACAACAUCCCCUACGCCACCCUGGAGGAGGACCUGGGCGGGCCUCUGGAGACCUUCUGCUCCCGGGAGUGGAGCAGUGCUGUGGCCCCGGCGGUGGCUGAUGGCUCUGAGGCCCGGCAGAAGUGCCAGACCUUCCAGCACUGGCUGUAUCAGUGGACGAACGGCAGCUUCCUCGUCACCGACUUGGCAGGCGUGGACUGGAAGAUGACUGACGUCCAGAUCGCUGCCAAGCUGCGGGGAUACCAAGGCCUCAAGGAGAGCUGUUUCCCAGCCCUGCUGGACCAGUUUGUCUCCUCCCACAAGUGCAACGCCUUCUGUGACAUGCUGGGGCUGAAGCCCCUCAAGAGCCCUGAGGUCACGCACCCACAAGCCAAGGCCAAAGGCUCCAAGAGUCCAUCUGCUGGCAGGAAGGGCCCCCAGCUGAGUCCUCAGCCCCAGAGGAGGGGCUUCCCCAGCCCCCAGGGCAGCCGGAGGAAUGCCCCAAGCCCCAAGGCCACCCCUCAGGCCCUGGAGGCCAUGGCCGCCGGCGCAUCUGGACAGCCUCCCGCCCAUGAGGGGGGCUCCAAGGCCCAGGGCACACGGUAGUCCGAUGGGAGGCUGGGGGCCUCCACCGGGCAGCAGACAACAAGGAAGCAGCUCGAACCGGUGGAGACUUUCCUGCUGUGGAACUAAGCGGAGGCGGCCCUGCUGGCGCCUGGGGCCCUGGAGCGGCCCCUCCCGGCCAGCUCCCUAUCGGGUGUUGGUGCAGGGCCCCCGCCCAGGGCACCCAGGACUCCCUACUCCCCAUGCCCAGCGCCUGCCCUCCUGAAGUUUACAGGGGUCCCCACAAGGCCUGUGCCCAGUGUGGGUGGCCCGCUCCCCUACUGGCCCGUCGGGCCCCUUCGGGGCUGCAGGCCUCUCCUGUCUGGCCUGCUGACUCUCAGGCUGCUGCCCACCUGGCCUGCUGUCCCUGCGCCCUCCAGGGCCCUCCCGAGCCCACCCUGGCCUGCGCGCCGCGGUGGCUCUCCUCCUUCGCGCAGACGCUCGCAGGCGCCCCAGGCCCAGUUGCUGCCUUUGCCGAAACUGCUUGUCCCCUGCUGGGGCUCUCCACCGCCCUCACGCCCAGUGAGGCUGCGGUGCUCCCCCUCUGCCUCGGCCUCUGCCGCCCGCUGCCUGUGGGGAGCCGGCACGAGGCUGGGCGGUGCUGAGGGUCCCACUCUCCAUGCUGAACUGCACCCCCUCUCCACCUCUGAGGGGAGUGCGCUGGGGCCCCAGGGGGGUGUAACCUCUCCCUGCCCUGAGCCUGGAGUUAGGGCCCUGCCUCCACCCCUCGCUCUCGCUCCUGGGGCUCCAGCUCUGGCGCACCCCCCGCCCCCGUCUGUGGGCCCCAGGAAUUGCUGUGCUUGGCCCAGUACCCUGGGUCCUUCCUUAGCACCCCUCCUUCAGGCUUGAGGUGGGGACGCUGACACCAGCCUGCCCCCCUUGGAAUGCAAUAAAGGCAGCAACUGUGUCUCCUGCUGGCCCUCGUCUGGUGUGGUUGGGUGCGCCGGGGUCAGGGAGCCUCUCCAGGCGGGUUCUCAGGCGCCCCAGGGACAAGUGGAAGCACGUUUGGCUGCUGCACUGAAGUCCAGCGUCAGGCUCCCGUGGCCACGGCUAAUGUCUGGGCCCCUCGUCCGUCUAGCGGGGCUCGGCCCCAGGCAGGGUGUCUGGGUGGGAGUGACGCCCACUUCAGACGUGAUCAGUGCAACCGGGACUUGGGUUCCCCUGGCACCCUGGGGUCCGCCUGCCCGCACCCACCACUGUUGACCGACAGCCGCACACAGACAGAGCUGGCAGCCUGCGCCCUUCCUCCCUGGGGUGUCCCCUCGAUAGUUCCCAGACAAUUGGACACAGGCCCCUUUGGGGAGACGGUGGGGGGCUCAUGCGAUGCCUCAGUGUUAAUGUGAGGCUUCCCUUCAGGUGUGUGCCCUCCCUGGGUCUGGAAUGGAGGGUGGGGCUUCCAGCUCCCCCACAGCAGCCUGGGACUCCCGCCCCCAGGCUCGGCAUGGAGGUGCCUGGUGGCCUGGGGGCUCACUUCCACAGCAGCAAUUCCCACCAUCAGUGCGGCCUGGGGGGUUAGCCGGGCGCCUCCGAGUCAGGAGGAGCAGGGAGCUGGGUCUUGAAGGGCGGAG